UAAGUGGUCCGUGCUGUACCUUUCGGGUGGGGUUUGCCUGCUUAUUCUAUUUCCAGCCACCGUUGGUGAGCGGACCGGUCGAUCCGGUCACCACGCGCAGACCGUUAUAGUCACCGACUCGGCCGCGUUUCGUCCAACCACCACCGCCUCCACCCUUAUCGCGCGCGCGACCGCCGGAUGGCCGGAGCGGCAGCGGAAGCGGGGGGCGGCGCGGGAGGAUGGAGCAGGGAGGACGACAAGGCCUUCGAGAACGCGCUCGCGACGGUGCCCGCGCCGCCGAAGGAAGAGGGGGCGGAGGGCGAAGAACGCGGCGGGAGAUGGUGGGAUCUGAUCGCGGCUGGAGUCCCUGGGAAGACCGCGGCGGAGGUGAGGCAGCACUACGAGGUUCUGGUGGAGGACGUGGAGGCCAUCGAGGCCGGAAGGGUCCCCGUCCCCCGCUACGGCGGGGAGGACUCGCCGCCUUCUUUGACUCUACCGUCUUCCUCCAAGGAGAACCAGAAGCACCGCCACCAACAACAACAAGAUCCUAACAGCCACCUGGGUUCGUCGGAUAGAAAGAAAGCGAGGUCUGACAUUAGAGGGCCGAGCAAGAGUUGCUCCAAGGCGGAGCAAGAGCGGCGGAAGGGAACGCCAUGGACCGAAGAAGAACACAGGCUUUUCCUGCUUGGCCUCGACAAGUAUGGGAAGGGUGACUGGAGAAGCAUAUCGAGGAACUUCGUCAUCUCAAGGACACCAACACAAGUUGCAAGCCACGCUCAGAAGUACUUCAUUCGCCUAAACUCCAUGAACAGAGACCGCCGGCGAUCGAGCAUCCACGACAUCACAAGUGUGAAUGGCGGCGACGCCUCUUCUCAGCAGGGCCCUAUUACUGGUCAGGCCAACACGGCCAUGGCGGGAUCAUCUAUCAAGCAUCCUUCACUAGCCAAUGUGCAAGGGAUGCCGAUGUACGGGCCGCCGGUCGGUCAUCCAUUCGCCGCCGGCCAUAUGAUCUCAGCAGUCGGCACUCCGAUUAUGCUUCCUCCUGGCCACGCCCCUUACGUCAUGCCUGUCGCCUAUCCACUGCCUCCUCCACCAAUGCACCAGUAGUCCUUGCAACAUCCUCGUGCAGGAGCUUGGCGUCUUCUGACUCCCAUUGCCUUGACAUUUAUUGAUAGAGUUCAAGAGGAUAUUGGAGAUUAAUCAUUAAUACAGGAUUUUGUUUUGGUGCAAUAAUAAUUCAGUAGCUGAUAUCACUUGUAAUGACCAUUAAAGACUUGCCGCCGUAAUUAUGGGAUAUAAUUGACCUUAAAUAAUAUUUGUAAAUCUAGUAGGGGAUGUCUUCCAACUCCA